GGCGGACGGGCGAUGACAUAGGGGUAUAGUACUAAUGAUUCGCUAUUAUGGAUUUAGUGAAUAAAAUCAAGAAUACAGUGCAGAGCACAGUGGGUGGGCUUAUAGGGAUACCAUUAUCUAAAGAUUUUGAUAUUAAUAAACACCAUGCAAGUGCUGGUCCCGGAUAUAUCUGGAAAAUUUAUAGUGCAGUUAAGCGAUCCACUAAAGAGGAAGUCUCAGUGUUUGUACUAGAAAAGAAACUAUUGGAGAAGUAUUCAAGAAGAGAACGAGAAUUUUUGUUGGAUAUUUUCAAAAAAGGUGUGACUUAAUUGACACGGUUACGCCAUCCAAAACUUUUGACAGUACAACACCCCUUGGAAGAAUCCAGGGAAUAUUUUGCUUUUGCCACAGAACCAGUUUUCGCAAGUUUAGGUAAUGUUCUUGGUUGCCAUGACAAUCUUCCAUCACCAGUACCAACUGAGGUCAAAGACUAUGAGUUAUAUGAUGUUGAAAUUAAGUACGGUUUACAACAGGUGAUUGAAGCAUUGGCGUUUUUACACAAUGAUGUACAUUUGAUACAUGGUAAUAUUAUUCCUGCAAAUGUGAUUAUUAAUAGCAAUGGAUCAUGGAAAUUAUCAGGAUUAGAUUUCUGUAUUCCUUCAUCAACCAAACAACAUGAUAGUGGUCAGGCUGUCUACAACUGCAAAGAAUGGGAUCCUAGUUUACCCGAUAUAGGGCAGCCAGUACUGAAUUACCUUGCACCGGAGUACAUCCGUACUGUCAGCUGUGAUACUGCCAGUGAUAUGUACUCAUUGGGUAUGCUUAUAUAUACAUUAUUUAACCACGGUAAACCAUUGUUUGAUUGCAAUGCUAACUUAAAGACAUACCAACGUAAUUGUCAACAGUUAUCCUCAUUAAAUCUCACACUACUGAAUUGUCUUCCGGAAGUAUUACGAGAUUAUGUUAAAAUGCUGUUUAGUAUAACGCCAACCAUUCGUCCAGAUGCACACCAACUUACUAAGAUAUCUUUCUUUGACGAUGUUGGUGCCAAGACACUGGAGCAUUUGGAUUCUUUGUUUCAGUUAGAUAAUUUACAGAAAUCUCAGUUCUUCAAAGGACUUCCUCAAAUAAUAUCAAAGUUACCCAAGAGAGUGGUUCUUCAGCGAGUUCUACCAUGUCUAUUUAAAGAGUUUUAUAAUAGUGAAAUGAUUCCAUUUGUCUUGCCCAAUGUAUUACUGAUUGCAGAGUCUUGUACACAGAAGGAGUACACCACUAUUAUAUUCCCUCAUUUAAAACCAAUAUUUAAAUUGCAAGAACCUAUCCAGAUUUUACUGAUAUUUUUGCAUAAAAUGGAUUUACUUCUGAGUAAGACUCCAUCAGAUGAUAUCAAACAUCAUGUACUCCCUAUGGUAUACAAAGCAUUGGAAACGCCUUCACCUCAGAUACAGGAAUUGUGUUUGUCAAUUAUUCCAACCUUUGCUUCGAUGAUUGAAUACUCAUCCAUGAAACACUCAAUUAUACCAAGAAUUAAGACACUCUGUCUACGCACAGAUUUACUGUCAGUGCGUGUGAACUGUUUAAUAUGCAUUGGUAAACUAUUAGAAUACAUGGAUAAAUGGUACGUUUUAGAUGAAAUUCUGCCGUUACUACAAGAGAUUCCGUCUCGAGAACCUGCUGUACUCAUGGCUAUGUUAGGUAUUUACAAGACUUCAUUAGAUCACAAGAAGCUUGGAAUAACUAAAGAAAUUCUUGCAACCAAAGUAUUACCAUUCCUAUUUCCACUCUGCAUUGAUAAUAAUCUUAAUCUUAACCAGUUCAAUGCUUUCAUGUCAGUUAUCAAAAGUAUGAUAGGUCAGGUGGAGAAUGACCAGAGAAGUAAAUUACAACAACUGAGUACAAUGCAGAAAGAACAAAGAAGCACCAUAGAAUUUACAGCAGAAUCUAAUGGGAAACCAAAACAAGAAGAUUUUUUUGAUCAGUUGCAACAAACUGGCCACAAAACACAGGAAACUGAUUCAAUGAUGGAUAAGAUGUUCAAGAGUUUUGGACUUGGCAGUUUUAUUCAAACUAAAUCCGACAAGUUGAAUGCUGCUUCCAAGGGAGAAACUGCACAGCCUGUUAAGUCGCAGACAGCAGCACCGUCCCAGUCAUCACUCACGCUGGAAGACAAGCAGCGUUUACAAAAAGAACAAGAACAGCAGCAGAGGUUUAAAAAACAGCAGCAGUUAAAGCCGACUGAAACUGUCAAGACAACAAAAUCCCAACCAAAAGACUUAACGAGUUCAUUAGCUACAUCCACUAUGUCAACCAAAGCAUCCACAAGAAGCAGUAACUAUGACACUGGAACAGGUUGGACAGCUACAUCCUCUAUGGGAGCACCUAGGAGUACUAUGGGAAUGACCAAUACUAUGGGAUCACCUGGGCCUGUGGGGGCACCUGGUACAAUGGGAAUGACUGGAAACAUGGGAAUGUCAAUGGGGAACAAUAGGAACAUGGCGAUGACUGGCCCUACGUCAGCAAGUUCUUAUGGCAUGACAGGUUAUAACACUGGAAUUGGUGCAUCGUACAGUGUGGGAAAUACCGGAUAUGGAAUGGGAGCUUCUGGUAAUCCAUAUGGAACCAGCAGUAUGAAUCCCAGUUUUGGAAUGAGUAGUAUGUCACAGACUCCACAAUCUACUAUGUACAACCAAAACAUGCAGCAAACAAAACAAAAAGUUGAUUUGUCUGCAUUUGAUGAUUUGCUGGGCCCUUCACAGUCACAGAAAAACAAAGUGUCUAUGAAUGCAAUGUCAUCAGCUCAAGCUCAGCAGCCAUCAACACAGAGUAACAAGCCUAUCACAGCGAGUGAUGAUUUAUCUGAUUUGUUAGGCUGAACUCUCACCCCUGCCAUGUUACAACUUUUAAACACUGUCAUUUCUAUGUCUCCUGUCCACGGCUUAUAUCUAUCUUCUCAAAACUUUUCAAUGUGUGAAAUGCGCGCGAGCGAGCAGGUGGGCGGUGAUAUUUCGGGGUUUGCGCGGUCGAAAAUAAAGCGGAAAUUGUCCGGUCGAAUUCAACAAGC